AUGGAGAAAGCAAAGGAUUAUCAACCUGGUUCGCCAUCUCAGAAGCAGACGCCAGGUCCUGAGGAACCGACUCCGAGCGCCGAGGUAUCUAAUCUUGCCACUCGCCUUGCACACAAAUUAGAUUCUGCUAAGCCGAGAACCGCAGAUGCUGUAUUGCCUUUCGAAACUACUGGUACGCCUUGCUCCCCUGUAUGCUCUUAUAAGACUACACAGCAGCCCCACACCUCGCUCAAGCACAGCCUCCCCUGA